UGUUUCCGUCCGGUCGGGCUCGAGUGACACACAGGGCGGAAGUGGAGCCAUUGCUGUGUGUCGUGGCUUUGAGCUGACAGGAUCUUCGCUCGACUCUACUGUAAAACUCACUCAUUGAACAGCACUGAGGAGAGCUCGACCCGUCUGUACACACAUUCUAGAAUUCCCACAGCCUGGAUAUGUCCUUCAUAUUUGACUGGAUUUAUAGUGGAUUUAGUAGUGUUCUACAGUUCCUAGGGCUGUAUAAGAAGUCUGGCAAAUUAGUAUUUCUUGGACUGGACAAUGCUGGCAAGACGACGUUACUUCACAUGCUUAAAGAUGACAGACUGGGUCAGCAUGUGCCAACCUUACACCCCACCUCAGAAGAGCUGACGAUUGCUGGCAUGACCUUCACAACCUUUGACCUGGGUGGUCAUGCUCAGGCUCGACGUGUGUGGAAGAACUACCUCCCCGCCAUCAAUGGCAUCGUCUUCCUUGUUGACUGUGUAGAUCACCUCAGACUGGCUGAAUCUAAAACGGAGCUCGAUGCGCUCAUGACAGAUGAAACCAUUGGAAAUGUGCCUAUCUUGAUACUUGGCAACAAGAUUGACAAACCUGAUGCCAUCAGUGAGGAGAAACUGCGUGAAAUCUUUGGACUGUAUGGUCAGACAACAGGCAAGGGCAACAUCCCCCUCAAAGAACUGAACACGAGACCACUGGAGGUGUUUAUGUGCAGCGUGCUGAAGAGACAGGGCUACGGCGAGGGCUUCCGCUGGCUCUCACAGUACAUCGACUAGAACAACACACACACACACAUGCACACACACACACACACACACACACACACACACACACACACACAGCCUGCCUUCACUCUCAGAAACACACAGAUACUCACCUCCAAUAGACUGUUAUUGGACAUGAGCGUUCGGUUCAGCAACUCUUUUCUCACAUUAGUUCUUAAGAAAAUAACAAACUAGCAGUGAUUCUGCAAAUGUGCUAAAUCCAAAACCAUUCAUCUUUUCAUUUACGUCACUUUUAUUUACGCUGUAAUUUGAUGUUUUUUUCCAUUCAUCUGUUUUCUGUUCUCUCAUAUGAAGCUGCAAAAAACAUGCAGCGACUGUAAAUGAUGCUACAUGUGUACUGGCGAACACAGUGUAACUCUACACAUCACAAUACAUACUUCAAACAGGAAAUGCUUUUGACUUCUCUCCAGUGUUUGUCUUCCUGUCACAUGUGGCCUCAGGCUUUGAGAUCAGUGUCCAUCAGUGUGGUCUGUCUGAACUCCAUAUGUUUUUGUUUCAGCAACUUUGGAAAUUGUACUGCCACAUUAUAAUCUCAUUCCCAAAGCCUCUUUAAAUGGAUACUGAACUGUAGUUUUUUUUUUUUAAUUUGAUAUUGAAUUUAGAAAGUUAUGGCAAUAAACUGCAGGGCAGAGUAAAUGGAAGAAUAUCAUUCUGACCACAAGUGUCUGGUAGUUGUCAGGGUAGGUCAGAGGGGGGCAGUGCGCCUUUCACACAAAUACAUAAUUAUAUUUAACCGCUAACAAAAUACGUAGUAACAAAGUGGAAAAUCUUAUUGAGGCACAAAUACAAUGCUGAUGUUUAAAGCUUUUCUAUUGCUGGUUAACAGAUCUUGCCUUGAUGUUUUUGCAUAGGGUGAGUUGUGGUGUGAGAAAUACUUAUGCAUGGUUAUCAAUGACAUGGACCAUGCGUAAUUUAUAUAAAUGCCAUACAUGGAUUUUUAAAAAAAUCUGUCUUGAAUGGCUCUUAAUUUGAUUAAUGUGGAUUAAAAAACUAUUAUGCAUGCCUUGUUCCAUGGUUAUUGAUUUUUUUUUGUUGAGUUUUUUUAAUACAGAGAGUGCAAAUCAUCCUACGCAGGAUGAAAUGCCACAGUGCAUCUUCAUGCUCCUCUUCUAUUGAGCUCUAAUGGAAUGGCACAUACAUCAAUGCAUUUGAUUUAGUUUUUCUGUCCCUCCAUGUAUCAUCUAUCAUUCCAUGAGCGGUUCCAUUUAUGAGAGAUAACAUUGUUUGCAUCAAAAAUUGUAAUAAAUGUUUGCAAUGAAAACAAACUCAGUCUGUAACCGUUUCUAUAAAUAUUAUUUAUUGAUGUCUCAAGAAUGAUUUAAUUUUGGUUUCUGUUUUUUUUAAUGGCCGUAGCAGCUGUUCGCCAUAUUACUUGUUUAUUGCUGUACACAAUCAGCUUGGGAUGUCACGGUACCUAAAUUUCAGUAGUCCAUACCAUGAUAAAUCAUAUCUGUAAAAAAACUAGAUACAUAAUUGUCUCCUUACGAAUACAUCAGCCCAGCCAAUGUCAGUAAAAAAUAUCCCAAGAAUCUCUUUAUUUUAGAUGCAGUUUGGCUGGCAGCAGAAGGUAAUAGCUGUUUGCCGAUAGAUGGAAGUGAAUGGGACUGGUUAGCUACAAGAUGUAAACAUUAUACUGUACAUGUUAACAUGAUUUUAGUGUAAUAAAAUCUCAUCUGUGUAAAAUUACAUUUGCAAGAUAAAGUAUGUGAACCAUUUGAAAUUACUUGCA